AUGAAAGUUUUAUAUUCAUGGGGAAAGGGUAAAACGGGUAAUACUUGUCAUAAUAUAGAUAAAAAAUAUCCAUCACCACCAUCAGUUUUAAUUUCAUUAAAUUUAGAUCAAUUAUCUAUUGGACCUAAUCACUCAGCAGCAAUAGUAAAUAAUGAAUGUUUAAUGUGGGGUGAAGUUAUGGGAAGAAAACAUACUACUCUCUUUAAGAUUGUCUGGAAGAGAAGAGUAGUAAGUGUUUCAUGUGGUUUUAAUCAUACACUAUUGUUAACUAGCGAAUAUAAGAUAUUUUCAAUGGGUUUUAAUCAAGUUGGGCAACUAGGUAUUGAGAAUGUAGUAGAUUCAGCGGUUCCAUUACCUGUAGACACUUUACAAAAAUGUAAUGUUAUCAAAAUUAAAGCUGGUAACAAUAUUAGUGCAGCAAUUACAGAUAAAGGAGAUUUAUAUAUUUGGGGUACUUCUAGUUUUGGUCAAUUGGGAAAUGGUAAAAUGAACCCAAAAUCAAACCAAUUUAUACCAACUACAAUUUUAGAACCAUUUAUUUCUGAACAAGAAAAGGAUAAUCCAAUUUAUCAGAAUAUACAAUAUUCAAAUGUUUGUUUUGGUGCUCAACAUACUAUAGCAGUUUCAACAACUGGUACAAUUUUUUCAUGGGGUAGUAAUCAAUAUGGUCAAUUAGGUUUAGGUCAUUGUAAUACAAAAUUAGUCCCAGUACCAGUUCGUUUUAAUAGACACAGUACAAGAAUUGUUGUAGAUAUAGCAUCCGGUAAUUUUCAUUCAUCUUUAUUAACAUUGGAGGGUGAUGUUUAUUUAUGGGGUAGUAAUCAAUACGGGCAGUUGGGUCAAGGUGAUACAAUAGAUUUAAAUGUACCAAAAAAAGUAAAAGGAUCAAUAGAAUUUAAGAAAAUUAACCGUAUGGCGUUGGGUAAUAACCACACAAUACUAUUAACAAAAGAUCAAGAUGUAUAUACCUUUGGUAAUAAUGAAUUUUACCAACUUGGUCACGGUUCUAUGGGAGGAAAAAAUAAAAUUUAUUUUCCAACACUUAUUCAAAAACCAAGAUUAUUGGUAUCAGAUAUUUUUGCAGCUGGCGACUCAUCGGCUUAUUUUGUCAUUGAUGAAAGUCCUGAUCCAAGUAUUUUAAAUAAUGGAUCACUAAAUUUACAAAAGAGUAUAGCCAAUCAAAAUAAUAUAGUAAAGAAUGCUCAUCUCAAAAUAUUUGUAGGCACAUGGAAUUGUAAUGCUAAACGAACCCAAAAUUUGGCUAGUUGGAUACUUUCAAAUUCAUUUUCCCCAGAUAUUAUUGCUAUUGGGCUUCAAGAGAUUGUAAAUAUGAAGGCUGGUGCCAUAGUUAAAGCUACUGCCGCAGAUAAACAAAAUAAUAAAGAAAAUGCGUAUCAUCCUUGGAAGCAUGAUAUAGAACAAACUCUUGCAACUCUAGGUUCAUCUCGUUAUGUCAAAGUAAUGAAUAAAGUAUUGGUCGGCUUAAUGAUGUUGGUUUAUGUUAAAGAAGAGCAUUAUCCACAUAUUAGUGAGGUUAGUGGCGCUAUAGUGCCCUGUGGUAUGAUGGGUAAAAUUGGUAAUAAAGGUGGCUUGGGUAUUAGAUUUACUCUCUAUAAAACUGGUAUUUGCUUUGUUAAUAGCCAUUUAGCAGCUGGACCAUCUCAUGAGAAGAUGGAAAGAAGAACUCAAGAUUAUAAAAAGAUUCAAAUGAUGACCUUUGAAAACCAUCUUUCAAUUUUGGAUCAUGAAAGUUUAAUUUGGUUCGGUGAUUUAAACUAUCGUAUCGAUUUAACUUAUAACGAAACUAAACAAUUGGUAGAACAAAAGAACUGGUCUAAACUUCAAGCUCACGAUCAAUUAAAUAAUGAACGUAAAUCAGGUAAAGCCUUUUUGGGGUUCAGUGAAGAACCAACUAAUUUUGCUCCAACUUAUAAAUAUGAUAUUGGCACCACAACAUAUGAUACUAGCGAAAAAAAUAGAACCCCAUCUUGGUGCGACCGUAUUCUUUAUAGAGGGGACUCUCUAAAGCAAAUAGAUUACUCCCGUCAUGAGCUUUUCGAAUCUGAUCAUAGACCGGUUUCUGGUCUUUUUCUUUUAGAAAUGAAAGAGAAUAUUAAUGGUUGGUCAAAGAUUACUAGAGAAUACCCAACACGAUCAGACUCACCAGAUCUAUUCUCAAAGAUUGCCAUUGGGACAGCAGCUCAUAAUUUCUCACCUAUUGAUAUGAAAUCAUCAAACUCAUCAAUUGGUUCUUCAGUAAUGUCAUCUUCAUUAGACUCAAAUUCAAUUUCGGGUGCUUCAACUGCAUUAGUUUCCUCAUCAAUCCCAACAAUUCAAGGAUCAAGUGAUUCAAUUAUAAUUAAAAGAAAUUUACCAGCUCCACCAAUUCCACCAAAAUCUAAAAACAUUAAACUUCAUCAACAAAUACAACAACAUCAGAUUCAACAAUCAAUGCAAAAGCAACACAAUAAUUUUAUUGUUGGUUCAUUACCAACAUUUAGUCCACAUUUCUAUUCAAACUCUCCAAAUUCAAGCGAUAGUGGCAGUUUAUAUCUAAAUACAUCUCCUCCAAUGAAACCAACUAAUUCAAAUAUUCAACAAGCUAAUAGAAAGCUUUCAUUCUCUGCUGAAGAUAUUCACACAUCUCACGCCAAAGUUUUAAGUAAUCAUAGAAAAAUUAAAAUCAGUUUGGGUAAUAAUAGUAGUAAUAAUAAUAGCAGCGAUAGUACAAUCGAAGAUAAUUUAAUUUCUUCAAGUCAGCUAAAAUUAGAAAGUUCUAAAGAAAAGAGAAAGAUUGGCUUUUCUACCAAAGAUGAAUAUAUUGGCGAAUCCCCAAGAAUGUGCUCCGAUCAAGAUAAUGAUCAUAUUGAAGGCUUCUCAUUAGAAAAAUGUGAAACUGAAAGAAACUUUACUCUUGAUGAAGACGAUAUUGUUAUUAAACCAUUUGCAAAAACUGUUAGUAAUGGUAAACGUAAAACAAUUUUAUUGCUAAAGAGUGACGAUACUAUUGACACAGCAAUCGACGAAGAUACAGUAUUAUCCCAAGUGGUUAAGGUUGAAGACCAUGAAAUGACCGAGGAUGAAGGUUUUAUUGACUCUGAAUCAGAUUCCGAUCUCUACUAUGGAGGUGAUGUAUGUUCAAGUAUGCCAUGCUUGAAAAUUGGUUCGGGUAUCGAUGAGGACAUUUAUGAUGACGAUGAUGAGAACCACCAUCAGAGUAAUCAAACUAAAGAAAGCGAUCAUAGCAAUGGAGUUGAAGAUGAAGAAGGUGGUAAUAGUACCUCAGAAGAAAAGCAAUCAUCAGGAAUAAUUGGUAACAUUGAAGUUUUAAAGGGUAUUAUUAAAAACAUUAAAGGUACCAAGGGUGAUAGUUCAAGUAGUUAUAAUAGUUUUGAUUCAGAACCAACUCCACACCAACUUCAUAACGAUGAUGUUGCAACAAAUGGUAUCUUUUUCAUUGAUUCAAUUUCGAUGGAGGCUUUAGUUAUCGAUCAAUAUUCAAGAAGACCAACAAUUGUAGAAAAUAAUAAUACAACAUCCACAUCCACAACAACUCCAAUAAUUUCAGCACUUACUAAAAUAGCAAAUGAUAAUAGUAAUAAUAAUGAUUCAUCAGCAUCGACUCCAAAUAAAUUUAUUAACGAAAUUAGAAGCUUCACGAAUCCAUCAUCACCAAGAGUUCUUUUUAACCCAAUUUUUGAUAAAUCUUAUUUUGAACUAAAUCAUAAAUCAGUAACAACAGAUAUUGUGCUUGGUAAACAAAGAUCUUCACCAACAAUAGUUUCUCCAAUUAUAUUACCAAUAUUAAAAGAAGAAUUAGAUAAUAAUAAUAAUAAUAAUAAUAAUAAUAAUAAUAAUAAUAAUAAUAAUAAUAAUAAUAAUAAUAAUAAUAAUAAUAAUAAUAAUAAUAAUAAUAAUAAUAAUAAUAAUAAUAAUAAUAAUAAUAUUAAUAUUAGCAGUGAUAAUAUGAAUAGCAAUAUGAAUAAUAAUAUUACAAAUCCAAUAAAUAUAGAAAAUAAUAAUAAUAAAAAUAAUAAUAAUAAUAAUAAUAAUAAUGAAAAUAUAGAUAACUAUGAUAAUAACAGUAUAGAUAGUAAAAAUAUAGAUAAAAAUAUUAAAGACUAUAAUAAUAAUGAUGGUGAAAAUAAUAACGAUAAAGAUAAUAGUAAUAAUAACAAUAAUGAAAUAAUUGAAAUAAGUGAAGCCAAAGAAAUAAAUACAGAAAAAUUAGAUACUGGCAACAAUAUAGAAAAUAACGAUAGUAACAGCAAUAAUAUAUCUAUAGCAUUAAUAGAAAAUAAGAAUCAAGAAACUGCAGUUUAA